AGUCUUAUGUCGUCACUAUAGCUAGCUUCACACUGGUUCCGCGUGUUGAUACUGAAGAGAGGAUCGAGGAGAAACAAGUUUUUCGCAUCGCAGAGACUCAAACUCAGGCCAAAAUCACGGGAAAAUGGACAUGAAGAAGAGGGUCAACUUAGAGCUGAGGCACCGGUCGCCGACAGAAGUCCAGGAGCUGGUUCUGGAUAACUGUCGCACUGGCGAAGGGAAGAUUGAAGGAAUCACAGAAGAGUUCUCGAACCUGGAGCUGCUCAGCCUCAUCAACGUCGGCCUGACCAGCGUAGCAGACAUCCCCAAACUGGACAAACUCAAAAAGUUGGAGUUGAGUGACAACAGGAUAUCAGGCGGUCUGGAGGUUCUGGCUGAGCGGCUGGUGAACCUGACGCACCUGAACCUCAGCGGGAACAAGUUCAAAGACAUCAGCACCCUGGAGCCCCUGAAAAAGCUGCCCCAGCUGAAGAGUCUCGACCUGUUUAACUGCGAGGUGACCAACCUGGCCGACUACAGAGAAUCCAUCUUCAAGCUCCUCCCCCAGCUCACCUACCUGGACGGCUACGACAUCGAUGACUGCGAGGCGUCCGACUCCGACGGAGAAGGAGACGGAAUCGAGGAUGAGGACGAAGAAGGAGAAGAGGGAGAGUCGGAGGACUUCGAGGAGGAGGAAGAGGAGGAUGAGGAGGACGUAGUGGCCGAAGAGGACGACGAUGAAGACGACAGCGCUGAUGAUGAAGACGGAGAGGUGAACGGAGACGUGGACAGUGAGGAAGAUGACGAUGAUGAUGACGAUGAGGAGGAUGAUGAUGAGGAUUCGUCUCCGGCCAAAGGAGAGAAGAGGAAGAGGGACCCCGAUGAUGAGGAUGAUGAAGAUGAUGAUUGAGGACCCAUGAAGACCCCACAAACCCCUCCCCUCUCCCCGACCUCCCCCCCCUCCCCCACCAACGCUCGUCCUCCUCCUCCAACUCCUCCCCUCACCCGGUCGACUCCUGGGCUGCGUUCCAUCUCUAAAAACAGGUCACCUCUUGUUGGACCCUCGUCAGUUUCUCUCCUGCAGACCGAAACAACCGCCGGCAUCUUCCGUUAAUUAAUACAAUUCAUAAUAAAUCCCGGGUUGCCACAGAUGAACAAACAUUUUUGAUCGCACAAGUUUCCUCUAAAAGUGUCCUAGAAGAAGUUCCUGUUGACAUGAUUAGAACUUUCUGGCAUCUUUAAAUUCACAAAACUGAUUAUCAUCUUGUUUUGUCAGUAAAACAGCUUCAGUCGUCUGUCCAACCAGAGGGUCAUUGAGCAGCAUGAAGUGUGACGUGACCAGAAGAAACACGCACAUACGUUGAUUUCUGUUAUUGGUUUUUGAUGUUAAUUCUGUCAGAGAGGAUGUAGGAAAUUGGACUUUGGUGAUUGUCUCUUCCGUUCUAAAACAAACAAAAAAAAAUCAGAGUUUGCAAACCAGAGUUAAAAACAUGUUAUUUUUCUGCGUACUUGGCAUGUUAAUCAUGUCAGCAGGUACAACAGGACACUGACAGGGAGAUUUAUCACAUCAACUGAAUUUAUUGUGUCUCAGGAAAUAAAAUCUAGGAAUUUCGUGACAAUUUCCGCUCCAGUUUCCUACUCCGUUGACGAGACGUAAACGAAGCCGAAGCUUUAAAACGAAACAUUCCUGAGACGAAGUUUAAGACACUUGACGUCACAAUCGAGUUAUUUUGUGAUCAAAACAUGAUAAGCUUGAGUUUUCUGUAUUUCUCUAAUUUUUCUUAGAUCACAAAAUAUCUUGAUUACAUCACUUAAACUUUCCCAAUCAAUAUCUAUGUAAUAUUUCAACUGAUUUACAAUGUCAGAAUUUUUAUGAGUUACCGUGGAAAACUUACUUCGUGCACACGCUUGAAUUUUGCGGCCAAAUCUGCAGAAGGAGACCGAACAAAGGCUCAUGGGAGGUAAACCAAACCCUAGAUUCCCAUCAUUCCUGUGUUCCCCUUUAACAUCGCCUUCCUCUGGGACUGAAUCCGCAGCUGUGAUGUCAUCACCACGCUCCUGACAGGCACUGUGAUGUCAUCAACGGAUGGUCAAACCAAGUGAACACCCCUCCUGAAAAACCUCCACCCACCUUCCCGUUCCCUCCCCCCCGAGGCCGAGCGCGCUCAGGGCAAACUGUGUUCUCUCUUUUUUGCCAACAGAGCUUUUUAAAAGAAAUAUUUUUUCAGAGAAAUUGUUUUUGUUUAAUUUUGUAUGGUUGUCUGGGGACACUCGCUCUCUCUCUCUUUCUUUCUCUCUCUCUGCCUCUCGUUUCAUUUCUCUUCCUGCUCAGUAGAGAGAUCCAGUCGAUCCUUCACACUUACACUGACUAGUUGAGGUUUUGUUUUUUCUUUUAUUUUGUUUUUUUUUACUUUCUGUAAGUUAAAGGAAAAACAAACAAAAAAAACACACAAAAAGGACUUUGUAAAUAAAAUCUUAACAUUUUGCUC